AUGGGCACCAUCGAGGAAUCCGUUGAUGCAGCGGCUGAAUUUAUUGGUCCCUUCGUUGACAAAGGUCGCAAAUACAGUGCUGAAGUCUCAACCGACUUGCUUGUAGACCAGGCGCUUUUCCAUCUCCAGGCUAUCAAUACCGCAGACCUAGCGGCAGAUCCAAACGCACCCUAUGACGCUUCGCUUGCUGGAGUCGUCUACGGUCUUCUAGACUUGAUCACCCUGCUAGGCAUAAUACCACGACUAUCUCCCGGUGUUGCGUUCAGUCAGCGGCCGAGAUCCACACUGUCUGCAAUCAUCUACACGCCGCCGAAUCGCAGCUUGGACCUGCUUGCAAAGAUAAUAGAAUGCCUUUUAUCGGUGAUGAGGCAACAUGGAGAUGGUGUGCAGCCGCUGCUUUCUCAGCGGAUACUUCCUGACAUGAUCUCUGCGCUGGCUGAGCUUUCCUUCUCACCAGACUCGGACCAAGACACCAAAAACAAAUACACAAACGCAUACGAGAAAAUAAUGAAAGACACUCCCACCUCGCGGCUACUUCCAAUUCUUACAACGUUCCUGCAACAGCCGCUACCGAUAUGGUUCAAGCCCGUGAUCUCUGCUGAGCUAUCCAUGGUCCCACUUCGACCCAACGGCGUUCGGCACACCGUCGAGUUUCUUUCCUUGUCUUACUUAUCCAAAAACUCCCAGAUCCCCCAGGGCGCAUCAGGUCCAUCUUCACAAAUUCCAAUCCCGUUGGAGGCUGUUACGCAGGCCUCAAAGUUACUGGUCCAGCCACCGAGUGGUAUCGGCCUUGAUGCUUGGUUGAUGAAACUCGCUCCCCAAAUACUGCAUUUGCUCGAUGGAAGCGAGGGCAAGGAGCUAAGUCGGGCGGCUGGACAGAUUGUUGCAGGUGGGAUAUUGAGUAAACGAGCAACUGGGGCGCCCGGUUCCGUGGGAUGGGAAACCUUUGUAAGCCCUUUAUUGCGAACGAUUUAUCCUAAGGAGCUCGAGAAUGCUGCAUCCAAUACCAAUGAUAAGACAAAGGUUGUUGUGCAGGAGGCAGACUUGAAGAUUGCAUUACGACGACUCGAUGCCAUUGUGUUCUCAUAUUCUCACGUGGGACUCAUCAAGCGCUUGAUUAGUCCCGUGCUCCUUUCAUUAUGGGCUUUGCUUAAUUACACCGAGUCCAGGCCACUGCUGAAUAAAGAAUGGGGUGCGCUAGCGAACUCAAUUCUGUCACGGUAUAUGGAAAUUGCUUGCGAUGUCAAUCAAAUCGACAACAUUGCUACAAACCUCUUCUGGAACGGAGACAUUCUUUGGACCUUUGGACCAGGGUCCGAAGGUGGCGUGGAGAUCCGACGGCGGUUGCGAGAAAAGAAAAAGGAUGUGGGGUCAAUGGAAAGCAUCGUGGAACAGAUCAGCAAUCUAGAUGACAGAGUGUCCCUUUUGGUUUCCCUUCUUUCGGAAGCCAAAAUUCCUGACGAGGUCGCUGGAUCUAUUUUUCUCCACACAACAAGGCGCUGGCUAGCUCCGGAGGAGUCUACAGCAAAGUCUCUGGUUGACGACGAUCCGACAGGUGAUCCACUUGCAGCACUUGUUGAUGCAAAGCUCUCGGAAGCGUUGGCGCAGCGUUUCCAGAAGCAUCUCGCACGAAGUCCACAGCACAUUAUCGAGCUCGUGGCCCAGCUUAUCGUAAGCUCUAUCAAUGCGCACAAGGAUCGGCUGGACAAGUCCCAAAAGUUGCGGACUUCCAAACGAGCACUGUUGGGUAGUAUCGUGCAGAAGCAGGGUGUUUCAGCAGCAGAAGACGAUAGCGACGCUACAGAUGAGGAUUUGUUAUCAUUUUCUCUGGGGAUUUUGAACAUGUUGAUAGCGUCGCCGGACUUCAAGAAAACACUCUCAGUGAUGGAAUCGUUGCACGAACUCAUCCCGCCGCUGACCUAUCUCACGCAGCCUCACUCUCAAUCUCAGCUUUCCUUUUCGCCCUUGAUAAGUAAUUCGGCGACAACCAUUAUCCAGCUCAUCGCCCCUAUGCCUACAGUUCAGUCUUCUACAGCGGGCACCAUGCCCAGCAAACUAACUGAUCCUCUUGCGGAGCACCGCGCUACGUUGAAGACAUGUCUCGGGGAACUGCAAUCACCCGAAGCCCCCAACCGCACGUGGGCCCUCAACAUGCUACAUACACUCCUCAAGAGCCCUAUCGCAUUCAGAGCGGUUGAUGUGCCAUCACUCUCACACACACUACUGUCAGCAUCCCUAGCAGACCCGGAAUCAUAUGUCCACCUAGCCGCAAUACCCGUCGUCGUCACCUUGGCAGACCGAGCGCCCAAACCCGUUGUAGGCAUCCUAGUCGACGCGUUCAUUGACAUUGACGAGCGAUCCCUGAAGCUUGCCCGAGGAAAGCAGACUGAGGAAAAAGAAAACGAAUUGAGAAACGCCAUGGACUUUCGGCUGCGUGUUGGUGAAGUGCUGAACAACUUUGUCAACGAGGGCGACAUUUGGAACUCGAACGAUCGUACUACUAUGCGGUAUAAAUAUGCGAAACAGAUCACGGAGGCGUGCCUGUCGUUGGCGAGUCGACGUGGUCAGCGUACACAGACUCUGUUAACUCGCACGGAGCUUGCAGAGCAGGAAAAGAGGAUUAGGGAGGAGGGCGAGGCAGCUUGGGGCGGUCCCAUUCCUAACGUCUUUGAUCCAGAGGAUGCAGGAUCACAGGACAAGGCAGAGUACGAAGCGCUGCAAAAGAUUGUUCGCGGUUGGGAGGAUACGGGCAUCGAAGAAGACGUUCGGAUUCGUGCUUCUGCUCUCAGCGUCUUGUUCAUUGUCUUUGAGCACCGACUAAACGUGUUGCGGCAACCGACUGUUGAUGCAGGACUACAGGUUGUUCUUCUUGUCCUUACUGUGGAAAGAGAGGAGCCCAAGGCAUUGUUACGUCGCGCAGCUGUUCUCGCGGUCAUGGGCCUAUUGCGUAGUUUCGACGCGGCCAUUGAACGUGGACAGGAGCACGAGAUUGGGUUGAGUCCGAAGCAGCAGGAAGAACUAGAGCGAGUCGUCAAAUGGGUUAGAGAUGAAGACGGGGAUGCGCUUGUAAGAGGUCACGCGGCAAGCGUAGUCGAAGGACUGGAGACUUUACGACUGAAGAAGCUAUACAAUGCCAAAGAUGACAGCCUAAAGCUCGGGCAGGAUCUUGGGCUCGAGGGCAAUCUCAGGGGACUCAACGUGCAGCCUCAAAUGGAAAGAAAUGAGCAGAAAAAGAAGAAGAUUAUCGAGGAGAUAGAAUAA